AUGAUCAAUGUCUACAGGCCUGUCAUGGCAAACCCUCCCGCAGCAAUCUCCGUGGAGUCGCUAACAAGAGAUGUCCAUUUGAAGCCUAUACACUCACACAAUGACUACUGGCGCAAAAGGCCAUUUUUGGAUGCAUUGCUGUAUGGAUGCAUCAGUAUUGAGGCGGAUAUCUGGAGGUUCCCCAAAAGCUAUACAGUGACAGACACGACCACAGAGUCAACGGCCAAAUUCGACCGGGAUGAUAUUUAUGUUGGACACAAUCAGGUGCACUUGAAGCCCGAAAACACACUUAGAGACCUAUAUCUUGACCCAUUGUAUCGCUUUCUCGAAAGCGCCAAUAACGAUCACUCGGAGCCCAUUUUGGGCGCGGUGUCCAAAAAAUAUGGGGUGUUCUUCGACUCCCCGGAACUGACGCUUAAUUUAUGGCUCGACUUGAAAACAAACGGAUCAGACACUUACUUGGUCUUGAAAAGUUACUUGCGGGAGUUCACAGAAAAGCAAUAUUUGUCCCAUUUCAAUAAUUCCGAUCUCCAGCGUGUGGAGGGGCCGGUCGCGGUCACCUUGACUGGCGAUGUGCCGUGGGCUUUGAUUGAGCUGGAGGAUACAAUAUAUGACAUUCGGAGCGUUUUUCUUGAUUGUCCGUUGCAUCAAUUGGUGAGUGCCAGUGAACAGGAUCGGCAGAGAUAUGGCAGGCUCUGCCUUUUUGCCAGUGCUUCUUUGGAGCAGUUGAUUGGAACACGAGACUACGAGGCCAGUUUGCGCCAUGAUUUCGGCGAGCCACAACGGGCCAUGUUGAAGGAGUUCUUCGAUGCGGCCCACGCCGUGGGGCUCAAAGCCAGAAUCUGGGGCGGCGUCGACUGGCCCGUGCACGUGAGGAACAUGCACUGGAAAAGUCUCUGGGAACUAGGCUGCGAUUUGAUCAACGCCGAUGACUUGGAAUCAGCGGCGCAGUUCUGA